CGUGUAUCUUCCGUUCUCAUUCUCAUUCAGUUUUAAUCAUUCGCUUCCAGAAUUGAAUUUAGCGUCCUCUUUGAUUAGUAGAACCACACUGUUAUUUCCAUUUUCCAAUGAUUCACCUGAUUGUGAUAGGUUCUUCUACAGCCAGAUCCGUUUCUCAAUGAGCUCACCAGCAUGUUUGAGUGCACCACUGAGAAGGGCUCUGUUUGGGUUACCCUUUAACGAUGUGUCAUCCCUGAAAUCUAAAGUGCAGAGGAAUAAAUUGGCGACGGCUGGUGAAGCAAUUGAGUACAGAUGCCUCAUCCGUGCCACUGAUGGGAAAAAGACUAUUUCUACCUCAGUUGGACCAAAGGAUCAUCAGCGCUUUCAAGCUUCUUAUGCAACUAUAUUAAAAGCCCACAUGACUGCUCUAAAAAAGAGAGAAAGGAAGGACAAGAAGAAAUCUGCUGAGGCUGAUAAAAGAGAAGGGAGUUCAAAAAGGCCAAAGAAAGUCUUAAAAGUAUGACCUUAUUUUCACCAAAAGGAUGCUCCUCCCCAAUUUUUUGUUUUUCUUUUGCAUUUUUGAAUUUAGAAGUGAAGAGAAAGGGGAUAAAAGUCAAGACAUAUAGGAUUGUUAGAGAGUUCUCUCAUUUACAGCAUGAAGGCAUGUAAUACAUAUAUGCUUUAGAUUACUCUUCAUCGAGGUGUCAAUUUGCGGAAAUUUUCCUACAGUACACAUUGGAGGUUCUAAACUGAA